UGGGCGUGUCAUCGGAGGUGACGUUUCCGGAAGCUCCGACUGUCAUCCUUCAGGAAAGAACUUACUGGUCCAAUGUCUGACCAUGGGGAUGUGAGUCUCCCACCCCAAGACCGGGUGAGGAUUCUGUCUCAACUUGGGAGUGCGGUUGAAUUAAAUGAAGACAUUCCACCUCGGCGCUACUUCCGUUCUGGUGUUGAGAUCAUCCGCAUGGCGUCCAUUUACUCUGAAGAAGGCAACAUUGAACAUGCCUUUAUCCUCUACAACAAGUACAUCACGCUGUUCAUUGAAAAACUUCCAAAACACCGAGACUACAAAUCAGCCAUCAUUCCUGAGAAGAAAGAUGCGGUCAAGAAAUUAAAGAACGUUGCUUUCCCUAAAGCAGAAGAACUGAAGACUGAACUCUUGAAAAGAUACACCAAAGAAUAUGAGCAGUAUAAAGAACAGAAGAAAAAGGAAGAGGAGGAACUCGCCCGGAAUAUCGCCAUCCAGCAAGAGCUGGAAAAGGAAAGACAGAGAGUCGCCCAGCAGAAGCAGAAGCAGCUGGAGCAGGAGCAAUUCCAUGCCUUUGAGGAGAUGAUCCAGAAGCAGGAGCUGGAAAAGGAGCGGCUAAAAAUUGUCCAAGAGUUCAGGAAGGUGGACCCUGGCCCGUGUGGGCCUCUGCUACCUGAUCUGGAAAAGCCUUGUGUAGAUGUGGUCCCCACGUCACCCACGCAGACUUCAGACUGUAACAGAACCGUGAGGCCAGCUAAGCCGCCCGUGGUGGACAGGUCCCUGAAACCCGGAGCACUAAGCAUCAUAGAAAACGUUCCCACCAUCGAAGGCCUGCGCCACAUUGUGGUACCCCGCAACUUGUGCUCGGAAUUUCUCCAGCUUGCCAGUGCCAAUACUGCCAAAGGCAUUGAAACUUGUGGAGUCCUCUGUGGAAAACUGAUGAGAAAUGAAUUCACAAUUACACAUGUUCUCAUCCCCAGACAAAAUGGUGGGCCUGAUUAUUGUCACACAGAGAAUGAAGAAGAAAUUUUCUUUAUGCAGGAUGAUCUUGGACUCCUCACUCUUGGCUGGAUCCAUACUCACCCAACCCAAACAGCCUUUCUGUCCAGUGUGGAUCUGCACACUCACUGCUCCUAUCAAAUGAUGUUACCGGAGUCCAUAGCAAUUGUCUGCUCCCCCAAGUUCCAAGAAACUGGAUUCUUUAAGUUAACUGACUAUGGCCUUCAAGAGAUUUCAACCUGUCGGCAGAAAGGCUUUCACCCUCAUGGCAGAGACCCCCCUCUGUUCUGCGACUGCAGUCAUGUCACUGUCAAGGACAGGAUUGUGACCAUCACAGACCUUCGAUAAAGCUCAGUCGUGAUCCAGGGAGUUGGCUCAUUGGGUGCCUGCAAAGCCAAAACAGAGCUUUGGAUUCUCUAGAGCUGAAGUGAGCUGCCGUGAAGAAUGCUGGGAACAGAACCCAGAUCCCGUGCAAAAGCAGAAAGUGCUUUUGACUGCUGAGCCAUCUCUAGCCCCCAAACUGAUACUCUCAACCAUACCACAAUGCUGCCUUCCUAAAAUAUACAUAGGCGCGUGCAUUCAGAAAAGGAUGGAUUCGUAUUAAGGGGUAGGGUUAUGAAAUGAUUCUUUAUUUUUCCCCCCCUCUCCUUUUUUCCAUUUUUCCCAACUUGAAAGAACAUAUACUGCAUUUUAACUGGACAAAAAGAAUAGUACCUCCUGUUUCCCAGAAACCAAAACUCCACUGCCCCCUUAAUGUGGGAACCCAGCCAAGACCUGCUUCUCUGAACAGCCUCAGUGAGGGGGCCUUGGUAACACUCUCGGGCAACGCAGCAGACGUAUGUCAUAUAUGGGAACCUUCCACGAGGCUGACCUCACUGCUGGAACUUGUUCAACAUAAACCUUGCCUUGAGAUCUUUGGAAAAAGCCUGGUGGAUGGAGAGCUGAAAAGUGCCUAAGGAGUGAAUCUCUGGUGUUACGCCUGAAGAAGUCGGGGCUGUGCUUCUGGGCUGUUGCUGCUGAGGAGGACUACCUUUCCUGUCACCCUCCUCCUGAGAGGAGCUGCUGCAAUGGCCUACCACUGUUUCUGACUUCUGAGCUUGGUGAGAAUACAGGCAGUUGCUUAAACUGAACACUACAAUUGUUACUGGUGGGUGACGGAAGUGGAACCGUCUCCUACACAAAAGGCAGCGAGGCCAUUAGCUACUCCUCUGCCUGUUCCCUGCCAUUAGAGCUUUGCCACCCCCAACAGUCCUAUGCUCACCUCAUUUUGCCUUGGAAAAAGUUAAUGAUUCUGGGCAUGGUGACACAUGCCUGUCACCCCCAGAACUGUGGAGGCUGAGGCAGGAGGCUCAGCCUGAACUACACAGUGAAACCGUCUUUAAAAUGUCAACGCCAUUGCACUAGAGCAAAGUUCCAUCCUAUUGUGCCAUCCAUGCUGUCUAAGCAUUGGCCACGUGGCCACCUUGAACAGCCUUUAGUCCCUGUUCAGCACACUAGGCCUCUGCGUCCAGAGCGUUUCUGCCCCAGCCUAGUGCUUCAGCCCCUUUUCUGAGACUUGGAGCUUAGAAUUGUCUUGAACUGAUUCAUGGUAGACCCAGGAAAUGGUCACACAGGUAUUUUCAUCCCCAGUGGCAUCGUGGCUUUGAAAGCACACCAUCUCUAAGAACUAUGACACUUGAAGCUUCAGCUGGCCCAGAAAGAGACCACAGAGAAAGAAAGGAAUGUGUGUUAGUUCAAAUACUUUUCAUUGCAUUAACAGAAAAUUCAGCUGUUGGUCAGACAUAGCUGGAUCCAGUGUCCACUGUGACCACAAUUCCCUUGGUUCAGAGUUUGGUUAUUGAAGUGAGUUAUUCCAUUUAAAGUAAUGAAGACAGCUGUAGUUUAAUAACCUAUUGUCCUGAUAAAUCUAGCUGAAAAUGAACUUCUGGGUUUCAACACAACUGUAAUUGAGUUAUUGGGUCAUAGCUUUGGCCACAAUUCAUCCUGGGACUACUGUGCCUAGAAGGAUGGAAUGUUCUGGUUGGUCAGGCCUGCACUGAAAGCCUGUAUCCCAUCUGAGCUGCAUGGUCAGAGAUCAGGGAGCAUUCUUUUUCAAAGCCUGUCAUGACAGCAUUAGAAGCAGAAGUGGAUGCUGAGCAAGGGGAGGCAGCAGCUCCCUCCAACAGAUGCCAAGGAUGAGAAUCUAAGUCUGCCAAUGGCUGUGGUCCCAAAGUGGUUCCGCUUAUCAAGUGCUGUGGAACUUAGGUAAUAACCCCUAGACUAGGGGAAACUGACUCCCUCCACAAAACAUGAGUCAUAGAUCCAGAUCAUGACUCAUUCAAGAGUACUACUGUGUGAAAAAAACAAAACAGAUGUUCUGCCCUCUGCCCUCCAGAGAUAUCACUCCUGUGAUAGCAUGAGAUCAGUCUCCUCCCAAUGUAAACAGGACAGUGACCGGGAGACCCUAAAGAGAGAAAUAUGUUUUGUAUUGUAGUUAAUAUAUUCCACUUUCCAUUCAUUCAGCAAAUAUUUACCAUAUACCUACUAAACACCAAGUCCCAUAGGGUAUGAUAGAGGCAGGCUCUGGAGAACUUCCAGGGAAGAUAUCAGACAGAUCUGGGAUAUAUAAAUUAUUGCAGCCAGGCAGUGAUGGCGCACACUUUUAAUCCCAGCACUCGAGAGGCA